AUGAAAGGUGGAGGUGUAGCAACAAUAAGUGAUUAUCAAGCAUCUGUGCAUCAAGCUCGUUCAGUAGAUAAUUUAGAUAAAAAUAUUAUUUGUCCAAAUUUUACAUUUGUAUUUCAUGCUGAAUUGGAAAUAAAUUUAAAUUGGAACUUUUAUGAUAGUUUAGAACGAUGGUGUCUGUAUUUUAUAGACUUUCCUCUACCAAUAGGUUGGAAUUAUAAUCUUGAUAUGAAUGAUUGUACUCGAGUUCAAGUAUUUUUAUAUCCACAUGAUAAAUUAUUAAUAUGUCAGAAUGUAAAAAUAAAAUAUCGUUGUUUAAAUUGUGUAAAUGAAUGGACAACAGCACGUGGUAGAGUUAUAUUUCAAGCGGAAGUACCAAGAUUUGGUAAAUAUAAUAUUUUAUGUGUGAAUUUAUGUACACAACAAUGUCGAUUAUGCGGAAGAGAAAUUCGACCAUCGUGGUAUUUGAAUGAAGCAACUCGAGUUAUGAAGAAUGUAUGUCGAAUAUUAAUAGAACAAUUUUAUCCAGAUCGAAAUUUUACAUUACCAAUAUUUCAAUGUUCUUCUUCUUCGGAAGAAGAACUUCAACAACGAAGAAGUCAAACACAUGGUCCCCAUUAUCAACAUUUAUGUCAAGCUUGUCGUGAAGGAUAUUGUUAUGGAUCUUAUCGACAACAUCAACGAAGAAAUUAUUAA